AUGCAAGAACGUUCUUCCACUUCCCGUUCAGAAGAAGAAAAGAAUGGCCACUCCACCACUUCAUUAUCAUCCGUUGGUAAUAACGGCAGAAGUGAUGAUGAAGUGCCUCAUCGACACCACUUUGCAGAAGAGAAAUCAACGAAAAGCAGCAUCACUCAAAUCACCAGUGUUGGUUCAUCUUCUUCUUCUUCUAAACAUUUGACGGGAAGCAGGAACAACCAUUCUGCGAAUGAGAGAGGUUCUAUCAACACCUCUACCAACAAUCAUUUCCAUCCUUCCUCCUCCUCAUCUUCUUCAUUAUCAAGUAGUAGUAGCAGUGUGGAUGAGGCUUCGAUCACACCUGCAACUACCACCACUACUACUUCUUCUUCAAGCAGCAACAGCAACACUCCAAUUUCAAAUACGGAUGACGAUGAAGUGGAACAGCAGCAGCAGCAGUUGGAUGGCAUUCCUUCAUCAUCAUCUUGUUUGAUAUCCAAAUCGGUUUCAUCAUCAAAUAAGCAGCAACACAUUUCAAAUAACAACAACAACAAUACGCAACAAGAAGAAGAAGAAAAGGACAUUGAAGAGAGACACACAACAGUGUCUUCCAGAGUAUCAAACUCCAAUCACCAUCAUCAUCAUCAACAAUUACGAUCUGAAAAGAACCAUCAUCAUUCUUCGAGCAACAAAUCAACAGAAGACUCGACAGAAGUUGGCAAAAUAUCUUGGUGUGAAGUUUGUAACAAAGAAGUAAAAUCGUGGAGACAUCACGAAAAGACUCGACUUCAUCAAUCCAAUCUGUGGAAUAACAACAAACGAUUGCGACCCACACCUCCAAAUUUCAAGUUUAUUCAAGUGGAUCAGUUUGAAAACAGUGUGGUCAGUCAGAACCACAAUAUUGACCACUACGUAGUGGAACACAACAACAACAACAUUUCCAACACCUCGAAUUUUGGAAGUGGUGCUGGUAGUGGAAGGAAUGAUCAUGCGACCUCCAAUGGCAUUGCAGGAACAACAACCUCCUCGUCAUCAUCGUUAUCAUCCGAACGGUUGAACAAUCAAUCCAAGUCUUCGAGUGAUGAAGAUACGGAUUCCAAUACCACGGAAGGAACAAACAGUCCCAAUCUCAAGCAUAAAGAAGGUAAAUCGGCUCGAUCAUCUCUCGAAGCAGAGAAAACAAAUCAUUCGAAUUAUUACAAGAAUAAUAACCACAACAAUCACAACAAUAGCAACAACAACUCGACGUCAAGAUAUUCCAAGUCAUCUUCUUCUUCUUCCUCUCAAACAGGAGGAUCAAAAAAGAAGGGCAAUUCCUCCUCACAAAGUAGUCGAGCUCAAGCAAAUCAUGACGAUUUAGUCUUGUACAAUGAUUUCAAUCAGUCCUCAAGGAGUACAGAUGCUUUUCAAGAGCCCUCGCUACAUCAUAAUAGUUCAUCAAGUACAAUGGCAUCUUCUUCUAAUAUUCCAGCAAGACCAACGAUGAACUACACAAUGAAUGUAAAAUUUAUGACCGAUCAGAGGACUAGAAAUUUGUUUCUUUCUGCAUCUCCUCAAGAACAGCAAGAAAUGUUUGAAAAAAGUGAAACAGGAAUUGCCUUGCUUGGACAUUUAAGGAAAAUGAGAAAUAAUAAUCAAGGUUGUGACAAUGAGAGACAAACGUACGGUAGCAAUAAUAAUAUUCACAAUGGGAGCUGCGUUCGUGGAGUUAUGAAUCCUUCCACUGCCAACAGUAGCAACAACAAUCACAAUAGCACAACCAAUCAACAGCAUCAGCAGCAGAUAUCUUCUUCUCAAUCGAUACAGCCAGAAUCACCUCUACUCAACAACGACACGAGGCGAUCGUUACAUGGAAUGAAAACACCACAAUUUAACAGCGCUAAACCAAACACAUCCAACCAGUCAACACCCUCAGAGUCUAGACCCAUUCAAUUUGUGGACCAUUUCAAUCCAACAAAACAAAAGAAGAAAAAAAAGUAA